AUGUCCAAGGAGCUUGAUAGCAACUUAUUCAAAUGUAUCUGUGAUCAACAUGCAAACCAUGUCGUUCAGAAAUGUAUGGAGUGUGUGCAGCCACAAUAUAUCCAAUUCAUCUAUAGACGGUUAUGUGGCAAGGCCAAGAUGUUAUCCACCCAUCCUUACGGAUGCCAUGUGGUUCAGGUUAAAAUGCUAGAGUUCUGCAAGGAUCCUCAAAUUAUGGACAUGUUUAUCACAGAGAUUCUCGAUUGUGUAAAGGAGUUGUCUAUAGACCCAUAUGGAAACUACGUUGUGCAGGGCAUGAUAAUCCACCAGUAUGCAAACUGCGUGGUGCGGCAGCUGAUUGACGUGGUGAACGAUUGGCAGUUCAACGUGAUGUUGGAUGUGCUUAGGCGCAACAGGGAGACUUUCGUCAUGUAUGCCCAAGGGAGGCAGGUCAUCGCGCAGGUCAAGCGGCUCCUCAAUGGCAUGGCACCGUCCCCCGACUCCUUUGGGUCCCAGUUCCUCUAG